CAUAGUCUGUGUGUAAUGUGGCAUUGGUCGGAUUAGAGAAGGAUGGCGUCUGGACAACUUUGGACAAAGAAAAUAUGGAGAAAAAGGAACCGGGAUAUAUAUAUUAUAUGUACAUAGACGUCUGUCUGCAUGUGUGAAAUACGGCAUUAGACGAAAAAUGAAAAUAUAAGACAUGAUUCGUUCCCAGAACCUUUGCCAGUUUAGUCGUCCGGAAUGUUCUGGUUGAUAUUUACACAAUGACAGUUGACUGAUUCACCAGAACGAUUCGGGCCAUUUACAACACUUGUGCAGUUCAACGAAUGCAAACCACCAACGAUGACACUAAUUGAACUACUAACGGCGAAAACAAGCCACAAAAAACGGUAAACUUAUUAUUGUUCCAUCAAAUUUGGCAACAGAAACAUUGCAAUAUCACAAGACGUAACGGAUUCCGCGACGGUUGUCAAUAAGCAGUGACGGUUUAUUCAAGUGCUCUCAUUUGUUUAAUGAUCCGUGCUCUGCAGUGGUCUUCGCACGCGCGAUUUCGGUUGAAAACGGAAAGUCGUGGUUACGUGUUGUUAAGAGGCUUGAAAGAAAGUUCUAUGUUGUGUAUUGAAAAGGAAUUUGCGUCUUGUAUCGGUAUUGUGUUGUCUGAAUUAUGAGACAUGCAGUAUGUUUUGUGAUUGUCGCAACAAAUGAAACCGCAAAUGGAAAGUCUAAAAAGUAUGCAUGUAUCAAGGACAAGGUAAGAGUCAUAUAGCUGCAUGUCAAUACUGUAAGACUGUUCUUAGACUUCCAACUAUUCAGUUUAGGAUGUCGCUGAGGAUGAGAAUACAUACAGAAUGCUAUCCCAACACUAUCACAUGACACAUGUUGUAUUCCACUUAAAACGUAUAUGAAACAUUCAUCAAACGUUUUUCUUAGUCGAAAGCUUGAAAUGUCCCCUGUAACAAUGCCUAACUGCAAACUCAUCAUUUGAUCUAUAACACAAGGCCAUCCAAAGGUUGUCCUUUACUGGACCUCGGCUCUUCAGCUUAACUGAGGGAGAACAGAUUAGAACUUAUAAAGCUAUCCAAUAUGAGGUAAAUCGAGGAAAAAGUUUAUGCAAACCAGAACUGAAUGUUUGUAUAUGUGGAUCUACAACACCUCAUCAGCUAUCUAGUAUAGGAGGUAAAUCGAGGAAAAAGUUUAUGCAAACCAGAAUUGAAUGUUUGUAUAUGUGGAUCUACAACACCUCACCAAACAAUGAUAUCUUUUGAAUUUUCGUCAUAAAUUAGUAAUUUACAAAUAGAGUCAGUUCAGUUCAGUCGAAUGAACGUAUAUGUCUGUCACGGUCCAAGGAAACCAGUACUAGUGCCAAGCUUCCACGGUUUAAUCGAUCAGCUUAUAUACCCCUUAUAAAUCAAAUAAAUUGCCAACGACAUGACGUAUAGUUGUUGUUUACCAGAAGAUCUGUGUAGUAUCAAUGCUAUCACUAUUUGGUCAAACCCAUCAUUAACAUGCAGACUAGGCAAACAUUGAUAUAGAUUCGUAAAUCAUCUAAACAAUAGAAUGAGAGAUAGUGCAUGCACUAAUAUACUCUUAGACAAAAAUACCAAAAUAUUUCAUGCUUGUAUAGUUGUAUUCGCUCAGUUCCAAUCUUAACUAAACUAACUUUAUUUACACUGGAUAUAGCUCUAUCAGUUUUAAACUGUUCUUGCAAGAGGUCCAGUAUAAGAGUCAUCUCAUGUCGUUCCCGCGAAGAAGAACUAAGAAAAACUAGGUUUUUACGAACAAGCACUAUUCUCGUGUAAUAGAAGUGAAAUUAUAAUUAACUGCAUGUAUAUUGCAGAAAUCGAACGCCGGUAUACAGAAGCACAAAUCAGAACACUGUCAAUGGACCUUUCCCCUUAUAACUAAAAUUUCGAUCUAGACAAAAAUUUCAUCACAGCUUGAAAAAGCAUCACAAAAUUAGUAAUAUUCCAAAGUUUUGUUGCAAAAUCUUGUAAAAUGCGGAUAAUAUAGCCUUGCGAAGUUUGCCGUUUUUCAGUCAUUUUGUAUUACAAACGGGAAAAUGACAUACGAUUCGGGUGUUGGGGCUACAAUUUCCCGUUUGUAAUGCAAAAUGACUGAAAAUUGCAAACUUCGCAAGGCUCUAUUUUCCUCAUUUUACAACAUUUCGCAACGAAACUUUGGAAUAUUACUAAUUUUGUGAUGCCCUUUCGAGCUGUGAUGAAAUAUUUGUCUAGACUUGCCUAGAUCAAAAUUUUGGUUAUAAGGGGAAAGGUCUAUUAGAUAUUUCACUUUGCAUAAACGACGCGCAGACGUAUUUUUUCUUGCGCUCAAUGGCUAUAGGCCGCAAAUGAGAUUGCUCGUCCGAGCAAAAGAUAUUUAUUCAACCAAAUACUAAUUGAAAUUUGGCGAUGAAAUAAUAAAGCGUAAGCAAACAAACCAAGUAAACACACUAUUGACUGAAGAUAGAAACUUACAUUAAAAGCACGACGUGUGUAGAUUAACUGGCAUUAACUCCCUUUAACAAAAAGGGGGAAACUAACUAAAACUAGACUUUGAUAAAUGGCCAGAUUAAAUCACAGACGAAGAGAUGGUUAUUAAUAAAUAGCAAAGCUUAAAGAUAGCAUCACUUGACGGACAAAUCUUGCGAAAUCAGCUGUUCUGCUCGCUUGAAAGUUGAAGAAAUUGUUUGGGUAAACAAGAAAGAGAAAUUAUUUCAGCGUCAUUGGAGCAAGAAGCAAAUAGUCUAUUGUUGUAUAUGGCAUUAAUAUAUUGUUGUGUUGUAAAUGUUAUAAAAUGUGAGGCGAUUGAGCUUUAGCAAAGGACGCAUCAAAGAUAACACUACACUAGUUGAAUGAAUAUGUUUUAUGCAUUGGGCGAUAGUUGACAGGUUUGUACCCUGGUGUUGUGAUUAUAUACAAGUCUAAUUCAUGUUUUGAAAAACAUGAUGCUUUGUAGAAGGAUCUACUCAAAUUAUGCACCAAACAGAUUCAUAGAGUUUACAGAAUGAGAUUCUCAUUCUGUAAACUCUAGCUGUGAUUAUGAGAUGUCAGUUUGUAUUGUUGCCUGCAGAAAAAAAUCUGUUUACUACGCUUAAGCCAAGUCUUAAUUAAUCCCCAAGCCUGAGGAAUACUUAUCAUUCGUUCUCCAUAUAUCCACACCAGGCAAGUAGAAAACUACUUGAUCAUGGUGGGAUUUGUACUCAGGUAAAUUAUAUAUAUUGGAUGAUGUUCUCCAAGUGAUGUCCACACCAGGCAAGUAAAAAACUACUGAUCAUGGUGGGAUUUGUACUCAGGUAGAUUAUAUAUAUUUGAUUGUAUAUACACUGAGAGAUGUCCAUUAUUUCUCAAUGCCCCAAUGGUAUUAGCCCUAAGCGAAAACACCAAAAUGUUAAUUGGAACACGCUCUUACUACUUUCCAGGUCAAAAUGAACACGAACUAAGAAAGUCAACACACUCAGAUUGGAUAUGCGAGUAGAAUAUACUAACUCCCAAACCGCGGGCUCAGAACAGGUCAUUACAAACUUAGUUUCAUUUACCUUAAUUGUGUCAACGGUUGUCUUCUUGGGUGCCGUGUGUCGCUUCCUCAAAAGAUGUUGCGAAAGACUAAAAAAUAGAAACAAAGACCAUGACGUCAUCGCUUUUAGGGAAGUGCGAAGAAUUUCUCAACUACGGAGUAACUCGGCACCCAGGAUUUGUACCCAAGAAUACUCGGUUGUGCACCAGGAAGAUAUUCCGAUCGAUACUGAAGAGAUGCCGGUGCAGCCCGAAGUUGGUGCGCUAAAGAAAGAGAUAUUCCUAAGGCCGAGAGCGCCCACAGACCCUGGGGCUGGAUUCAGUCCAAAGGUAUGAAGCAUUUACCCGAUGUGAUGCAUAUAUACGAGGGGAAAAUACUGGAUAGCUCUAUCAGUUCUAAGUUCAUUCAGAGGUUCAGUAAAGUCCAUCCUUUGCUGGUGCUGUGUCACUACAGCAAUAUUACACCAAUAAGAGAUUAUCCUUACUGGACCUUUAGGAAGAACAGUUUAGAACUGAUAGAGCUAUCUAGUAUAAAUAAAGUCAGUUUAGUUUAAGUUUCCUCCUGUAGUAACACUGGACCAAUAAGAGACGAUCCUUACUGCACCUCUAGGAAGAACAGUUUAGAACUGAUAGAGCUAUCCAGUAUAAACAAAGUACAAUGUACUAUAGAAUAAGUUGUCCUCUCAAAUAACUGCCUAGGCGUAGUUCAAACGUUGCACUAGAACUAGUCUAAAUAUUUCUAGGUAACUCGACAAAUCUCGGCACCAGCUUCUUAUACAUCACGCGGUCUUGCCAGGGGGGAGACAUCCCCUCUAGCUCAAAGAAUCCUAACAAGAGACUGGUCAUCACAUGAAGAAAUGAAGACGACAGACCUCAAGCCUCAGUUGUAUAAGAAAGAAGCUUCACUGCAAAAAUUUCAAACUUCUAACAAGAACACAUGUGGUGCUUUAGAUACUGAGGUUUAUUACGAUGUUAACUCUUCAGAAUUGAAGGUCAGUUUGAAAGUUUUGUUAUUGGUGGUGCCGUGGUGAUUCCUUGCUGUUGUUGUGAUUGUUCAUUGUUAUUGGUGGUGGUGAUGGUGUUGUUGCUGUUGUUACUGUUAUUGUCGUCGUCGUAGUUAUCGUUGUGGUUGUUGUUGCUGUGGUUGUUCAUUGUUGUUGUUGUUGUUGUUGUUGUUGUUGUUGUUGUUGUUGUUGUUGUUGUUACCGUCGUCGUUGUUGUUCAUUGUUGUUGCUUGUUACGUUACUCUGAGUGUAUAUCCACACCGGGCAAGCUUGAAAAAUAUGCCUGGCCACGGUGGGAAUCGAACCUACGACCUUUGGAAUACUAGCCCAAUGCUCUGCCAACUGAGCUACGUGGUCAGAUCGGUUCGAGCAAAUAUCAUGAUUAUUAGAUUACACUGAUAUCGAAGGAACUAGACUCAGUUCCGAAAUAUUACAUACUCGAACCGACCUGACCGCGUAGCUCAGUUGGCAGAUCUUUGGGCUAGUAUUCCAAAGGUCGUAGGCUCGAUUCCCACCGUGCCCAGGCAUAUUUUUCAAGCCUUCCCGGUGUGGAUAUACACUCAGAGUAACAUCACAAGCACCUUAUUCACCUGAGUAUACAUUACACCAACACAGCAAAUAUCAUCUUGAUUGUUGUUGUUGCUGUUGCUGUUGCUGUUACUGUUACUGUUGCUGUUGUUGUUGUUGUUGUUGUUGUUGUUGUUGUUGUUGUUGUUGUUGUUGUUGUUUGUUGUUGUUGUUGUUGUUGUUGUUGUUGUUGUUGUUGUUGUUGUUGUUGUUGUUGUUGUUGUUGUUGUUGUUGUUGUUGUUGUUGUUGUUGUUGUUGUUGUUGUUGUUGUUGUUGUUGUUGUUGUUGUUGGUGAUGGUGUUCUUGCUGCUGUUACUGUUACUGUUACUGUUACUGUUACUGUUAAGUUGUUGUUGUCGUCGUCGUCAUCGUUCGUUGUCGCUGUUGUUGUGUCGUUGUUGUUGUUAUUCAUCCCUGCCCAGAAUAAACAAUUGUUCUUGUCCCUGGUGGCUAAAGUUGCUCAAGGUUCUGUUGUUGUCAUUCGCAUUGCUUUUUUCAUGCUUAUAACUUAUUGCAUCGUUAUAACUCGCUAAGAUUAAUCAGAAACCAUCCUGAGAGAUGCAUCACUAUCAUUUCUCUAGGUCACUGUAAACUCGAUACAUCAACUCCUCCACAAACAUAUGGAGGAAACCAACACCUAUGUCAGCGUGAAACUGAUCCCCGAUCAAAAAAGCCGUCGGACAAGUAUACAUACGAAAACAAUUGACCCCGUAUACAAUGACGAGUUCAAUUUCAACAUUGAUCCGAGAGACGAUAUAACAUGUCACGUGUUAAUAUAUGGCCUUUUUCACGUGGACAAAUUCUCGGCAAGUUAUUUACGGGGAGAAGCGUGUUUGCCGUUGUUUCAAAUUGAUUUGGAUUCGAGACGAAGAGUGCGGAUCCCUUUUGUUGAAAUUAAGGUAAGAGGCUGCCUCGUAUCCAGGUGCUUUAAAUAUAACAGAGAUAUAUACUACUUAGGGGUACGUGAAGUUAUGCAUCGCUGUUAUACGAGGCAAGGUAAGGAGGCUAUCAAGUGGACUUAUUUAGGGGACUUCGGUGGCGAAAUGGUCAAUGCUCUGAGGUCGCGGGUUCAAAUCUCAGUGAGAACUUUCUCAAUGCGACUCGAACCCAGUCCUCAUGUGAAAAGAGUAAAAGUCAAUGACGCUCUGCCGAAUGUCGUGAGUUUUCCCCGGGUACUCCGGUUUCCUCCCACAGGGAAAGGCGACAGGGUGGGUUAGGUAAAUGGGUACACAGUAAUUUGCAUAUGCUGUUGUGGUGACCCUGCCCCAGUUGGCCAAGUUAAAUAAAUAAAUAAAUAAGUGAAUUUCAUUUAGUCAUGGAAAAUGCGUUAUAGAAGUUUUUAAUAGACGAUUCCCCUUAUUACGUUUUCGUAGCGCUUUGCAUUGUGGUUAUAGUGGUAUCACUGAUAUAUUCAAGAUGGCUUAUUUUUUGUCCUGACCCGUGCAACAACUUUUAAAGAAAGCUAGGGUCAGGUGCACGAUAUCCAACAGCAAAAUAUUCGCGCAAACAUUCAAUAUUUUCAUUCAAAGCCGCUAUCUUUAUCAGUGAUACCACUAUAACCACAAUGCAAAGCGCUACGAAAACGUAAUAAGGGGGAUCAUCUAUUACAAUUACAAUUACAAUUUCAGUAUAAGUGUUAUACCAACUCCUUUUCAAAACUUACGUUUCUUUUUGACAGCGAACGCUUUUCACCAGCAUGUACCCAGUCUAUCGCAGUGGUAUCACCGGUUGUAUCCUGGUGUCCCUCACGUAUGAGCCUUCGAAGUCAAGUAUCAUCGUCAAUCCGGUCCGUGUGAGAUAUGUACCUAGGAAACGUCAUGUAAACUAUGGUAAGUCAACCACACACGAAAAGCGAUUGAAAUCCUAAGCAAAGACCCGUACAGAAAGGCACGUUUUUCUUGACAAGUUUUAUUUGCUUCGUGUGUACGGCCCGAAAGGGAAACUUAACAAGUGUACAUGGGUUAGGUAAUAGGGCCCACAGUAAUUGGCAUAUGCUGUUGUGGUGACCCUGCCCUAGUUGGCAAAAGCUAAAUAAAUAUUUCGAUGGUAUGGGCAAUAAAGACGGCUGACGUGAGAUAAAUGUUUAACAACAUUCCGAGCACACGAAAAACAAAAUUUGUGAAGGAAAAACCUAUUGACCGCAAACACGAGAAAGUAAACUUGUCAAGGAAAACAGUACGAGUCCAACAAUACGACAUCAAUAACGAAAAGCUAUCUUUUCCUCAAUUUCAGGCAGAAACGUCUAUAUCAAAGUCGACCUUCGCCACAAAGGCGGCAGAAUUACAAAAAUGAAAACGAGGAUUAUAGAAAUGGAGCGAAUGACGGGAAGUGACGACAGUUUUUAUCAAGCAACUGUCAACGAGCCUCUUACCCUAGAAUACAAAUCAUUUCCACCGGAAGAAAGCGAGAUACAAAUCUCGUUAAAUCACUAUUUGUUUCUUAAAAGUAGUUUUAUUAUAGGACAAGUGCGAAUGUCGCGCACACAGACUGGGUACGAGUCCACGCACUUUCAGAACAUGAUAGAUUCACCCGGGGAGCAAAUCUCCGUGUGGUAUGAAAUGCGGGGGUACACAACCCCGAAUGCUCUGGAAGAAAUUAGACAAUAGGGUUGGUUUAUAGUGAAGCAAACCACGGCAAAAUAGUUCAUGGAACAAUUUAGAACUGAUAGAGCUAUUCAGUGUAAAUAAAGUUAGUUUAAUUCAAAUCGCACUGUAAAUUGUACUAGAUCAAUAAGGAGUACUGUUCCUUAUUCGACCUCUCUACAAUAGAGAAUACACGAGACUUGACAGGGCUACCGAUUAUUGACAUUUUCGUGGGAGUGCUUUCUUUCUCGUUGGUUUCCCAUACGUGUCAAUGGAUCCUGGAGUGCCGUGUGAAAAUACUGCAGCUGAGUUAUCAUAUUAAAACCAUGUCACUUCAGCAUGUCAAGCUUAUUGUGGAGAAAUGCAAAGUUUGAAAGGCUGUAUCAACACGGGUACACUAGAGAGUGUUCCAUAUUUAGUUGCUAUAAUUAAUUAUUUAUACAGUUCGCUUUUGCAACAAUAUGAAUGAUAAUUAAACAACACAUGUCCUUUCAUGUGUGUGGACAUCACUUGGAGAACAUCAUCCAAUAUAUAUAAUCUACCUGAGUACAAAUCCCACCAUGAUCAAGUAGUUUUCUACUUGUCCGCUGGUGUGGACAUGGAGAACAUCACUCAAUAUAUAUAUAUAUAUAUAAUCUAUCUGAGCACAAAUCCCACCAGACCCACCAUGAUCAAGUAGUUUUCUACUUGUCUGGUGUGGACAUCACUUGGAGAACAUCAUCCAAUAUAUAUACUCUAUUAUACUCUACCUGAGUACAAAUUCCACCAUGAUCAAGUAGUUUUCUACUUGUCUGGUGUGGACAACACUUCAUCCAUAUAUAAUCUAUCUGAGCACAAAUCCCAGAUGAUGUUCUCCAAGUGAUGUCCACACCAGACAAGUAGAAAACCACUUGAUCAUGGUGGAAUUUGUACUCAGUUAGACUAUAUAUAUAUUGGAUGAUGUUCUUCAAGUGAUGUCCACACCAGGCAAGUAGAAAACCACUUGAUCAUGGUGGAAUUUGUACUCAGUUAGAUUAUAUAUAUUGGAUGAUGUUCUCCAAGUGAUGUCCACACCAGGCAAGUAGAAAACCACUUGAUCAUGGUGGAAUUUGUACUCAGUUAGAUUAUAUAUAUUGGAUGAUGUUCUCCAAGAGAUGUCCACACCAGGCAAGUAUAGAAAACUAUUUGAUCAUGAUCUUCUAAAAAAAUCGUUGCAAAUUACAGUUGUGUAUAAUUGCGAAUUAUCUUGUAAGAUGGUCCUUGCGUACGAUAUUCAUAUAAUCAUAACAUUAUCUUUUAACUUUAUCUUAUCUUCUUCUCAUGUCGAAACACAUAUAUAUAUAUAUAUACAAAUUAAUUGAAAAAUAACUUUUGUUGUUUUUUCACAUUAGACUAGAUAUAACAUUUGUCAACUCUGUAUAAACACGUAAUCAAGUCUUCCAGCUUCAAUUUUUCACCCAAACCGUAAAAGAUCUAUG